UCCCUGGACGAAAAACUGAGUCGAAUGACAACAAUUGAACAGAAAGUACAAGCUAUCCAGCCACGGCUACACGUAUCUUUCUUCCAAUCAACGCUGUAAACCUUUAGUUAUACAGUGAAUGUCAGUCGUUUGAUUAUAUCUGAAGUAUAGUCUUUAUUUCUGAGGUUACUUUGCCAUGCCUAGCAAAGCGCCAGAAUUCUGUCGAUAGGUUAGCUAGCCUCUGGCCUGCGUACAGAGUUGGCUAGCAAGGUAACAUUAGCCUGUUUUUAGAGGGAGGCGUUAGCCAUUUGCCCAUUAGCCGUUGACUUCGCCGUUCACCGAGCUUGUUAGCUGUCAGCUGAUGAAUGGAUAGCACUGUAACGUUAGCCUUGCUGGUUAAACUGACGUGAACUGGUCAGGCCCCGUCUCAAUACUUUUUCUGCUUCAGCAUCUGAAAGACUACUGGACUGACCCGGAGUGUUUGUGUUCUUUCCGGGAAGCGGUUGCCAUAGAGACAGUCAGGGCGUGCAGUGGGGGCGAGUCAGAGGAAUGAGUCAUGACCUCGGUGGUGGUCGUCGAUGGAGGAGGGGCUGUUCUGGAAUACAUCUCUGACGCCGAGGUGGUAUCCCAGGAGGUAGCGCUGGAUGCAGAGGAGGGUGUGUGCGAGAUAAAGAAGGAAGAGGAGGAGGAAGAGGAAGAAGAGAUGACUGAGGAAGAGUGCCCAGCUGUGGUGGUGGAACAGGUGUCCUGCCCCGAGCUGGAGCAGUGCUACGCUGCGCAGGUGGUCGUCUACGACGACGAGACCUAUCUGAUGCAGGGCGUGGCCGAAGAGCAGGAGGUGGAGACUGAAGUCCUGGAAGUGUCCUCAGUGGAGGCAUCAGCUCAUGGAGGGGGUGGAUACGUGACUCUGGAUAAGAUCGAAGCCGCAGAGGCCUUGCUUCACAUGGACUCGCCGUCCAGCAUGAGGGAGGACCGUAGUCCUGUGCCAGACAUGUUGGGUGAGAUGGAGGUGGAGGUGGAGGUGAGCACCGAGAACACGGAGCCCAUCGAGCCCCUGGAGGAGCAGCUCACGCUGGAGGGAGACAUCCAGAAGGGCAAGAAAGGCAGGAAGCGGAAAGCCGCGCACACACCGCAGGCUGAACGCGAGGAGUCUCCUGACCUGACCUUCAAGAAGAAGCCCCGGGUGGGAAAAAACAGCACCUAUCUGUGGGAGUUUCUGCUGGACCUUCUGCAGGACAGGAACACCUGCCCUAAAUACAUCAAGUGGACCCAGCGGGAGAAGGGCAUCUUUAAGCUGGUGGACUCCAAGGCCGUGUCCAAACUCUGGGGCAAAUACAAGAACAAGCCCGACAUGAACUAUGAGACCAUGGGCCGAGCCCUCAGAUAUUAUUACCAGCGUGGCAUCCUGUCAAAAGUGGAGGGACAGCGCUUGGUGUAUCAGUUUAACGACAUGCCCAAGAACAUCGUCUUCAUCGACGACGACAAGAGCGACGCGCCCGCCACCCCUCAGACGCCGUGCGAGCGCGUGACCCCCGCCACCCCCACCACGCCGACGUCUCCCAGCAUCCUCCGGGGCGGGCGCCUGGCCGCUCAGGUCAAAGUGCAGUCCCCCACGGCGGCCCCCGCGCCCGUCAAACCCGCCCAGAUGCUCCGCAUCGUCAACGUGUCGUCGGGGUCCGAGGCCUUCGUCACCCUGCAGGGCGCCUGCCCUGUCACCACAGCAACGGCCCCGAGGACUCUGCAGGUCCCCUUGAUGAUGACGACAUCACUGGGCCAGAAGAUCUCCGCGGUAACGGCCCUGAACCAGCACGGCUCGCCGCUGCUCACGACCACCGCCCCGACCAUGGUCUCGUCCGGCGGCGGCCAGAAGGUGUACCAGAUCCAGGCGCUGCCCACCAUGAUGCCCGCCACGGGCGAGAACGGGCAGAAGAUCACGGUGCAGCUGGCCAAGCUCAUCACCAUCCCCGCCUCGCACCUGGCACAGUGCCAGCUGCAGCAGCAGCAGCCCAAGGUCACCACGACGACGAUGGGCGCCGGCGGCCAGGGCAUCAGCCUGAUGGGGGCGCCGCUCACCCUCCGCACCAUCACGCCCGUCUCCAUGCCGACCACGACCGUGUCCGCUCCCGCCGCCACCGCCACGCAAGUGCUGAGACUCAUCACCCAGCAGCCUGCCGCUGCCGCUCCUGCCCCGACCCCUGCCCCUGCCGGUGCCCCUGCACCCACCCCCGUGCCAGUCUCCGCGCCCGUUUCCGCGCUCUUGCCUGUGACCACCACCCCUGUGACCGUCCCAGCGACCGUCCCUGCCAACACCGUUGUUGUGGCGCCGCAGGAGAGCGCCGCCCCGGUGGUGGCAACGUCCGAGAGUGACGUCACCGUCAUCAAGGUGGAAAUGGACGAAGACAUGACCACACAAGUGGUCACAGACGUAACGACUUCCUCUGAUAGCUGAGACGGUGUAUGUGACACACACACACAAACACGCACACAUAAAUAUAUUCGCUCUCCAAAAACACAUUUCAGUUGUGUGUUGAAUUUGCAAUGGGGGUCUUCCCUCAAAGCAAUGUAAAAGGAAUUCUUGCUGUGUGGCCUGACUGGUAUAAGGAAUGUAUUACGUUUCUUCUUCAGGCCAGUCUCAUAAACAAAACUCAUAUACUUCUUUCAGUCAUAGUGACUCUAAAGAACAGAUACGGAAACCCCCCCCCUCAAAAGGAUAUGUGAUAUAGGAAUAAACCAAAUUAUUGUCAUGGACAAUAAUAAUUAAAGUAAAAUAAAUAAAAAAAAACGCAUAGGAGUUAAGGGGAAAAUCUGUUUGGGUGAGCAGAUCACAGUGAUUCCAUACAUUCACACUAACAACGGCAACACUACAACACACUCAAUUAUACAGAGCAGUGAUGGCAGAGAUGGUCAGAUCAGGCUUUAACUCACCAUUGGCAGUGAAAUAAAAGUUUAUAAAUUCCUGGUUAAAAGUAUUAUUGAGACAAUAAUACCACCAACACAUCCUGACUUGCAGUACAGUGGAGCUAGAACUCGGCCAAGCUCUGGAGUGCUCGUUUUUUUUUGUGUGUUUUUUUUCCCCCCGCCACAAUUAAAGUACUCAAAGCGUCUGAAGACUCAAACUGCGUCAAUCACUGUGCGAACACGAGAACCAAUCAUCUGGUGCUACAUCCCGGAGAUGGGAGUUGGGGUGGUGGGGGGGGGGGCAACCCACCGACACCCCUCCGCUCUGCUUGGACUAGGGGCAUAAAGGGACUUUGUACAUACUGUCAAUACAGAGUAGGAGAAUCCUUCAAGGAAAAAACAGGCAGCCUUAGAUAAAGAUGAAAUGAAUUAUUAAAAAAAAAAAAAUGCUCCCCUUUCCCGAUUUGUAUGUAUUGUACAAGCUGAAUGAUAUUUCUUUCUUUCUUUCUUUCUUUUUUUUUUUCCAAAACUCUGUUUUGAUAUUUUAUACCAGGAACAGUGUUACUCUAGGUCUGAAGCAGAGUUUAUCGUCAUGGCGUCUUGGGCCAGUCACAUACUCAAAUAAUUGUAAUGUUUCUUUUUUUUUUUUUUUGUCUCGUUAAUGUUUCUUUUCUCCACCCUCUGUUAAUACUCUGUUUACUGGAUGCAGUAAUUGCCUGUAGUGUUUCAUAUUUUUUCUUUUUCUUCUUUUGUAAGUCCACCACUCUGAUGUUCUCUGAUGUUUCUAUCUGUAUAAAGGAGGAUAUAAGGGAGAGCGGGACAGAUGGGGAGGGAACAUACUUGCAUUCUGACUUAACUAGAUUGUAUUUUCAACAUUUGAAGCAUAUUCUAUUUUGUUGUACUCUUAUCCAAGUGUAUCCAAGUAGAUUUUACUGAGCAGUACAGUAAAGAGCACAG